AUGGCCAAAUAUAAUAUUGCUUUAUUAUUCUUUGUGUUUUUUGUUUGGACAUCAAUAAUUUUGUUGGUGUGUGAUGCCAUUGCAAAUAGUGAAGAAAGCGGUAAACUUCACAUUGUAUACAUGGGCUCACUUCCUAAGGAAGUACCAUAUUCCCCAACAUCUCACCAUCUCAAUUUAUUGAAGCAAGUUAUUGAUGGAAGCGACAUAGACACCCGCUUAGUACGAAGUUACAAUCGAAGUUUCAAUGGCUUUGCCGCCAUACUCAACGACCAACAAAGGGAAAAGCUUGCUGGCAUGAGAGGUGUCGUCUCUGUUUUUCCAAGUCAGGAGUUUAACCUUCAAACCACAAGGUCGUGGGACUUUCUUGGAAUUCCUCAAUCAAUCAAAAGAGAUAAAGUCGUUGAGAGUGAUUUGGUGAUUGGUGUCAUAGACAGCGGAAUAUGGCCAGAAUCUGAAAGUUUUAAUGAUAAAGGUCUUGGUCCUAUUCCAAAAAAGUGGAGGGGAGUUUGUGCAGGAGGCACUAAUUUUAGUUGCAACAACAAGAUCAUCGGGGCACGAUUUUAUGAUGAUAAAGAUAAGAGUGCAAGAGAUGUUAUAGGUCAUGGAUCCCAUACAGCAUCAACAGCAGGUGGAAGUCAGGUGAAUGAUGUCAGCUUUUAUGGUCUUGCAAAAGGCACUGCAAGAGGUGGAGUCCCAUCUUCAAGAAUUGCUGUAUACAAAGUAUGUAUAUCAAGUCUUAAAUGCAGUUCUGACUCUAUAUUAGCUGCAUUUGAUGAUGCCAUUGCUGAUGGAGUUGACAUCAUCACUGCCUCUGUUGGUCCCAUAUACACCCCCGAUUUUCUACAAGAUACUAUUGCCAUUGGUUCUUUUCAUGCCAUGGAGAAGGGUAUACUCACAACACACUCUGCAGGAAACGAUGGCUCUACCCCAAGUACUAUUCGCAGUGUAGCACCUUGGUUAGUUAGUGUUGCUGCAACUACCAUAGAUCGUCAAUUUAUUGAUAAGCUCGUUCUUGGAAAUGGAAAGACUUUUAUUGGUAAGUCAAUCAAUGCAUUCCCUUCAAAUGGCACGAAAUUUCCUAUAGUUCAUUCUUGCCCAGCUAGAGGAAAUGCAUCGCAUGAAAUGUGUGAUUGCAUAGACAAAAAUAUGGUGAAUGGUAAGCUUGUUUUGUGUGGAAAACUAGGGGGUGAAAUGUUUGCUUAUGAGAAUGGUGCAAUUGGUUCAAUCAUCAAUGCUACAAAGUCUAAUCUUGAUGUUCCUUCAGUCACUCCAAAGCCUUCCCUUUACUUGGGAUCAAAUGAAUUUGUUCAUGUUCAAUCCUACACAAAUUCCACUAAAUACCCUGUAGCUGAAAUUUUGAAGAGUGAAAUCUUCCAUGACAGUAAUGCUCCUAGAAUUGCAGCUUUCUCUUCCCGUGGCCCAAAUCCUAUCAUUCCUGAAAUUAUGAAACCAGAUAUAAGUGCCCCAGGAGUUGAUAUCUUGGCUGCAUGGUCACCAUUAGAGCCACCCUCAGACGAUUUUAAUAACUAUGACAAAAGACAUGUUAAAUACAACAUAGAAUCUGGAACCUCUAUGGCAUGUCCCCAUGUUGCUGGAGUUGUUGCAUAUGUGAAAUCAUUUCAUCCAAAUUGGUCACCUGCAGCUAUCAAAUCUGCCAUCAUGACAACUGCUACCCUAGUGAAAGGUCCUUAUGAUGAUUUGGCUGGAGAGUUUGCUUAUGGAUCUGGGAAUAUCAAUCCACAACAAGCCAUUAACCCUGGGCUUGUUUAUGACAUCACUAAGGAGGAUUAUGUGCAAAUGCUUUGUAAUUAUGGUUAUGAUACUAACAAAGUUAGACAAAUUAGUGGAGAUGAUUCAAGUUGCCAUGGUGCAUCCAAAAGAUCCUUGGUGAAAGAUAUAAACUAUCCUGCAAUGGUAUUUCUUGUACAUAGGCAUUUCAAUGUCAAGAUUCAUAGAACAGUCACAAAUGUUGGCUUUCACAACUCAACCUACAAGGCUACUCUUAUCCAUCAUAAUCCAAAAGUCAAGAUUAGUGUUGAACCAAAAAUUCUCUCAUUCAGAUCAUUAAACGAGAAACAAUCAUAUGUUGUCACCGUUUUUGGGGAAGCAAAAUCAAAUCAAACUGUGUUUUCCUCAUCACUUGUUUGGUCAGACGAAACCCACAAUGUGAAGAGUCCAAUCAUUGUGCAAAGAAUAUCAUAAACCAUGUUUUUG